AUGGCUUAUCUAUCCUUUGACACCCCCAAGUCCAAAAGAGACUCUGUUGAUACUGCCCCACCAGACGUGGACGAUUAUUUCAUGGACUCUGAUUUUAGACUCUCAAAAGCCAGAGAGAGUCUAAGACUAGCACCAGAGGACGAUACCGCAGAGGAGGCGUGGCCUAAAAUCACAUGCAGGAGGUCCAGGACAAAAGGCAGGAGGAUGUCCACAUUCACCAGGACGCCUUUUGUGACUUUGCCAUUGCGUGAAAGUGAGAUCAGAAAGUCAGAAUUUGAAAAAAUCCAAAAUGAAAUGGAAGAAGUGAUCGAGAGAAAAUAUAAAGCAUCCAAAGACCAUGAACUACCUGAAGAAUUCCUGGUCUGUGCUGAUGAGGUUGCACUUCCUAGUUCUGGACAUUUGGUAAAUGAAGUACAGAGAAAUGAAGUCAGGACAAAUUCUGCAGGAAGUCACAAACCAAAAUGCAGGGGGACAUUUGUGAUCUCAGUCGCCAGGGAGAGCAUGUUAUUGAGCAGAGCUUCCCCAGAAGUCCAUGUCGCAGAGCACGAUGUGAUGCCUUCUGCAGGAUCCUCCAUCUGUGAGGCAGAAGGAGCCGCUGUUAUGCAACAUUCAGGCUCAAGUCCACACAGUGAAAGUGAUGGUGCAUGUGUCCAGACAACACCCAGCUCAUGUAAGCGUCCCUGGCUGGCCACUCAGGAUUCAGGAAGCCCACAAGAGGAUUCGACUGGCAAAGAAAACCACGAUGCACCACAGCUGGACCCAGAAAGUUCUUCAGAAACUGAGUUUCAGAAACCUAAAAAAGCAAGGAGAGAAGAAACGAAUGGGUCCAGUAAAAAGAAAACUGUGCAGAGGGAGGGGUGUGUUGAAAGUUUAAUUAACAGGAAGCAGAAGACCGAAGGUCGCCAUAACAACACAGGGUUUAGAUCUGCCUCUCCUCUCAAUGAUGUUGACGACACUGAAAGAAAUCAACACCAACUAGAUGAAUUACAAGUUGUUGACCCACAUUCUUACAUUAGCGAAAAAGACGAACUCUUUGCAUAUUUAUUUUCUCUGACACCUGACAAAUCCAAGAAGGAGUCAAACCCAAAACAGAAGAGGAAGACGUCCAAGCUGAAGAGACCCACACAGACCAGAAAUCUGAGGGAGACGUUUGUCGUCUAUGGAGGCACAAACAAAGACGACGUCUCACUGAACGACUUCAGGACAUCUAAUAUGUCAGAUUCCAACAGUCACAUGGUGGACAGCAGAGGAGCGGCAGGUCGUCAAGAUGUGGGAGACCUGCUGACAGAUGAGAUGCCUCCGUGGAUGCACAUCGAUGUCAGCCAUGCUGACUCUGAAGCCGGCUCUUUACCUGCGACCCCCAGAAGGGAGACGUUGAGCAGGCCGGCAGUGAUCGAGGAGUCUGCUGCUGUCACAACUGAAGCCUCGUCAGCAAGUGGAGUCUUAACAACACUGACCAACACCAUCUCAACUCCAGACGGUGAAGCAGGAGGCAGAACCAGGAGACGACAUGGUGUCGUCAGCUACAAAGAACCGACCCUCAACAGGCGAGGACUUCUCGUUGUAACUGAUCAGUGGUAA